AUGUCUCUGUCUAUACCUGACGAAAACGAGAAGAACUGGGAUCCCUCAAACAGCGAUGCCUUCGCCGACACCGAAGUAAACUGGAAGGAACAAGAUCCUGAUGCAUAUAACCCAGAGUGGGAUGACGAGACAGUGAAGAAGUGGGAGUUACCGCGCAAGCCUCGGCAGCCGCAGCCAGGUCCGUUCGGCGAAGGACCUACGUACAUGCCAAAGAAAGCUAUGCGACUGGCCGAGAAGUUCAAAGAAUCUGGCUUGCAGAUUAUUGUCAAGAUGGCAAGCAUAGAACUGACUCCAGAGAAGCCGGAAUUUCCGGCUGGAGGCUGGCAUGGUCAGAUGAACGAACACAUCUGUGCCACAGCCAUCUCAUACGUUGACAGCGAGAACACAACACCAUCUAGUCUGUCGUUCUGCAUGCGGACUUCGGAUUACCUGGAUGAUGAGUAUCAGGUCGGUCAAGAUGCUUACCACUGGAUGCAACAAGUGUACGGGACGAAUCUUGGAUGUGGUGCUAUGGGCACUUGUCUGCAGAACUAUGGUAGUGUUGAGACACGCGAGGGAAGACUUAUUGCUUUCCCCAAUGUCUUCCAACACCGCGUAUCUUCCUUCCGGCUCCAAGAUGCAACCAAGCCUGGCCACCGACGAUUCAUUGUGCUCUGGCUCGUCGACCCUAACCUCCGCGUCAUUUCAACCGCCAACGUGCCACCCCAGCAACUGGAUUGGUAG